GCCCUCCGUGAGGGGGAAAAAGCGCUUCCCGCCCAAACUUCUCUGACAGGGAAAGCUGAAAAAUCCGGAAAAAAAACAGCUCCAGCCCUCCCCACGCAUGUUUUUCCACGCCGAGGAGAACAAUCCUGGGUGAUUUGUGCUUAUUUGAAGGCGCGCCGAGGGGGCGAGGCCAGUGUUGCUUCGCUGAGGGAAAUAGUUUGCACCACGGCCAGCGGGUGGGUGGAAAGACCCAAGAAACGAAGGGUUUGCAGCCUGCCCGUGAUCAAGAAAGAGGACACCCUGCCACACUACUAACACGUUUGAAGUAAUUUACCGUAUCUGAAGUAAUGAAAAGGUCCGAUCUGCAAGGGCUGCCUGUUCUCAAAGGCACCAACAAGCAGCCAUGAGUUGCUUGGUAAAGCCUGUAAGCUGAGUCAGUUGAGCGCACAGGAGCCAGGGCAGCCGGUCACUUGAUCCCCUGCUACACCUGAACCUCAUUGUCGCAGCUUUUAAUAACUGAAUGAAUAUCCAGGCCGCCUAUAAAGGUGCCUUUGGGGAAAGGAUGUUGGGACAAGAGUCAGCAGCCAGAGGCAGAAAUGGGCAACAAACAGACCAUUUUCACCCAGGCACAACUAGAUGCUUAUCAGGACUGCACGUUCUUUACAAGGAAAGAAAUUCUGAGACUCUUUGACAGAUACCGAGACCUGGCCCCACAGCUGGUGCCGCUCGACUACACUGGUAAACCAGCCGUGACACUUCCCUACGAGCUCAUUGGCAGCAUGCCCGAGCUGAAGGACAACCCAUUCCGCCAGCGCAUUGCAGAGGUUUUCUCCGAGAACGGGGACGGCAACAUGACUUUAGAUGAUUUCUUGGACAUGUUUUCAGUGCUGAGUGAAAUGGCUCCCAGAGACUUGAAAGCUUAUUACGCUUUUAAAAUUUACGAUUUUAACAAUGAUGAUUACAUAUGCAAAUCAGAUCUAGAGAAAACUGUUAACAAAUUGACCCGAAAUGAACUGACCGCGGAAGAAGUUAACCUUGUGUGUGACAAGGUGAUUUACGAAGCUGAUGUGGACAACGACGGCAAGCUGUCUUUGGAAGACUUUCAGCAUAUGAUAAUACGAGCUCCAGAUUUCCUCAGCACAUUUCACAUUCGAAUCUAAUGAAACACGUAGACAGAACUGCCGCUUGGACCUCCAGCAACUCUUCACUUACUGUCCACGAGAGAGCAAAAGGAGAGGAGCUAAGAAGACAAUUUCUGGUCAGAGAACUCUGUCUCUUGUUUACCUCCUUAAAAGGAACCAUUCAUUAAGCUCUUCAUCAAGAUUUCCCUGUAAUCUAACAAAAUGCCAAUUUCCCCUGCUGCAAGAGCAAAUCUCACCCAGACGGCAGGGUCGCCUCGUCGGGAUGGAGGAGGCGCAGCUGCGAGCGGGGACGUUCCUCCGCUGAGAAAAGCGCUUGUAGAGUCACGGCAGCAAGAACAGGAGGAGGCCUUAUUUAUUAAAAAAAAGCUGCAAAAGCCCGAACAGACAA